AUGGAACCAGAGCCAUCCCCUACCGCUCUCCUUGAGGCUAUCACAGCCCUCACAGCCACCAUUGGGUACCUGCAGGACCAAAUCCAUGCCCAAAGCCAGCAAAUCACCAAGCUUAGGGCCAUAUGCAAGGAAACAGCAGACCUCCUUGGGGAUAAGGAUCAAGGAGCCCCCCAAACCCAGCCUGGCCCAUUGACUGGGCCUACCACCCCUCCUACCCACUCAGGAGGGGAAGUCCACACUCCAGGCACGGUUAGGCCUGGACUCAAGGCCCCAUUCCGCCCCUCUAGGGGAACGGGUUAUGACUCAGAAGAAGAAGAGGAACCCAAGCAAGCCCCAAAGAAAGAGCCUUGUGGAAUGCCUAGGAGCUUAAGCUCACUCACCCCCUUUGAUUCAGGGUCCAGCGUAAAGCGGCCCAAAAUGGAACUACCCAACCCAUAUAAGGGAGAUUCCAGGGGAAGAAAGGCAACCCAAUGGCUGGAUUGCAUGCUACUUUGGGUUGCGCUUCAUCAAGACCAAUUCAAUGAAGAAGAGCAAAUGGUGGUGUGGAUCUUAUACCACAUGACCAACAAAGCUGCCAACUGGGCUCUUCCCAUUAUUGGGACUAUUAUCAAGGGUGAGGGAAAUCCUCCCACUACCAUUCCAGCCUUAACAGCCAAAUUCAAAGAAGCAUUUGCGGACCCCAAUGCCAAGAGGGCAGCCGCCAGGAAAAUAGCUGCGCUGACUCAGACCACAACCACAUCUGAGUAUGUCACAGAGUUCCACAAUCUCAUAGCGGAACUAGAUUGGAACAAGGAGGCAUAUAUUGCCCAGUUCAAGUGCGGCCUUCACUGGAAGGUUAAGGAACUCUUGUCCACCAAGGACAAUAUUCCCAACAAAUUGGAGGCAAUCUUUGCCGCCUCCAUCAAAAUUGACAAUACUUGUUGGGAGAAUGAGGAGAACCGCCCCAAAAAGGCUCCUACCAAGGCCCCGGUCACUGCGACCACCUCCACCUCCACUACCACAAGGGUCUGUCUAUCAGAAGACCCAAAUUACGUCACCCCGGAGGAACAAGAUUGCCGCCACGCAUCUGGGCUAUGUGUCAAAUGCGGCCAAAAGGGGCAUGGCAUCAAGCAGUGCCCCAACGGUUGGAAGGCCACCAUCAAGAAGGCCGCCAAAAUUGAAUUGCAUGUACCUGUCUUGGAAUUUGUAAAUAUUGCAACGGAUUCAAACAAGAAACCCCUACUCUUUCUAGACAUAACACUGCGUGACUACCCAACAGAACCUAUCAAAACCCUCAUCAACUCUGGCGCCACCUCCAAUUUCAUAUCCCCCACAUUAGUAGAAAAACUCAAAAUCCCAAAAACCCUACUUGAAAAUCCACAAGUAGUGAGAAUGCUAGAUGGUACCAUAUCUCAGACUGGUUGCAUAUGGCACCAGGUACACCUUGCGGUCUUGGCCAACGGCCAUCCCCACACUAUCCCCUUCUUAGUUUGCCCUAUUGGGAACACACCAGCCAUACUUGGCAUGACUUGGCUCACUCAGGAGUUGCCUCUCAUUGACUGGACCCUAGGCACCAUUACCUUCCCCAAACAAGCACAAAUUGCCUCUGAAGAAGAGGCAGACCCAGACCCUCUAGUGGACCUCCCCUCUCAAUAUCAUGAGUUUGCUAGGGUGUUUGGCAAAGAAGAGUUCAAGGUCUUACCCCCCCAUAGGGAGUACAACAUUGCCAUAGACCUUGUUCCUGAUGCCAGACUCAUCCCAGGACCAAUUUACGGCAUGACAGAUGCAGAGUCUAAAGCACUGAAGCAGCAUAUUGAGGAAGAACUGGCCACGGGGAAGAUCCGCCCUAGUACCUCCUCUACUGGCGCCCCAGUAAUGUUUGUCAAAAAGGCCAAUGGUUCCCUCAGAUUAGUUGUGGAUUACAGGAAGCUGAAUGACGUUACCCAUAAGAACGUAUACCCCUUACCAAGGCAGGACAACCUCAUGGCCAAACUCAGGCAUGCCAAGAUCUUCACAAAAUUGGACUUGCAAUGGGGGUAUAAUAAUGUUUGA